AUGUCGCCAAUACAAAAUGUAUCACCUCCUGAAAAGGUUGGCAUGAGCAGUUCUCAACAACCUCUUAUGGAAAUGGUACAAGCUGGACGAUCAAACAUAUCAUUAGCAACAGAAUUUGCUACAAGUCCGUCGAGAGCUCCUAGGCCUACGGAAGAUUCUGUGCAACCAGAGAAGCGGAGGUCCUCGAGUGCUUCACAAAUGGAAAGAAGGCCAUCAAUAUUGAGUAUGAAUCGAAAAUCAUAUUUGCCAGUUAUACCGUCCCCUCUCAAUCCCUCCACCUCCUCGAUAUCUAUCAACAGCAGCGACGAAGCAAAAAGUGGACCAUUGGGUGGCACCACAUCCCCAGGGGAUUCUUCAUCAUCUAGUGAUUUACCUCUCCCUACCUCCACAACCUCAAGCACCAACACACAGAAUAACGGAAACUCAAAUAAGAAAGGAAAGAAAUUAAGUUCCCCGCAACAGUUUCUACGGCGGAAAUCGGAAUUGGCUGGAAUUAGCACACAAAUAGGAGAUAUGCGAGUGGGUACACCGAAAGGAUUAAAAGAUUUGGGACAUGAUUAUUCGCGGUAUCCGAGUUCACGGUCUAGUUCUACUUCCGGACCCUCAGGACCUAAUACACCACUUCCAAUUUAUAUCAGUCAAGCAUCUACAUCUACAUCUACAUCCUCCGACUCCCUACCUUCCAUCCCUCGAAACCCCUUUCGCGAUUCCGCAGCCGCCAUGCUCGAUCCUGAAAAAUGGAAUUAUCCUGAUGAUCACAUUGGAGCCUUUGAUCCGUAUUUCGGGGGUGAAAAGGGAUUCAUAUUGUAUGAUGAUGAGAUUGAGGAUGAUGAUGACAUGCAUAUGCCUCAUGCGAAUGAUGAUCAGGAUUUCAAACCGACGUGGCAUGAGUGGUUGGAGAGGAGGAGCUUGAUUAAUGCUAUUGGGGGGGUAUUUAUGGUUAUUGGAUUGUUGUGUGUUUUUAUCCUGUUGCCGGUGUUGACUUUUACGACGGGUAUGUCGAUGCCUGGGGAGGGGGCCGGAAACGGUGGACCUGUGGAUUAUGGUCCGGCUUGGGCGCAUGUUAAUAAUAAUACAUAUCCCCUUCUUAAAAACGUUCGGACAACCCUUGUAGAUCCCGACACGCCCAAAAUCGCCAUGACUAGAAAAAGCACUUUUAAUGGAGAGACGUUGAAUUUAGUUUUCAGCGAUGAGUUUAAUAAUAAUAAUAGGACCUUCUAUCCUGGUGAUGAUCCCUUUUGGACCGCGCCGAAUAUUUGGUAUGGGGCUACGCAGGAUAUGGAGUGGUAUGAUCCCGUCGCCGUCACCACCUCAGACGGCACCCUCCAACUACGCAUGGAAGCCUUCCCCACCCACAACCUCGGCUACCAAUCCGGCAUGCUCAACUCCUGGAACCAGCUCUGCUUCAAAGGCGGCAUCAUGGAAGUAUCGAUAUCACUACCGGGUCCCUCAGGUAUUCCCGGUCUCUGGCCUGGCGUCUGGAGCAUGGGAAAUCUAGGGCGUCCGGGCUACAAAGCCACUACCGAAGGCGUAUGGCCCUACACCUACAACAGCUGCGAUUAUGGCAUCACGCCCAACCAAUCCUCUCCCGAUGGUAUUUCUCGUCUGCCCGGUCAGAAACUCAAUUCUUGUACUUGCAAAGGCCAGGAGCAUCCUACGCCUGGUACUGGUCGCGGAGCCCCGGAAAUCGAUGUUCUGGAAGCGAGCGUUGAUCCUAAUAAUCGCAUUGGAGUCGUCACGCAAAGUUACCAGGUUGCCCCGUUCGACGUGUGGUACCGACCGAAUCACCAGUUUCUACAGAUUCCCAACUACAAUACCACGAAUCUAAACGAGUACUGCGGAGGUCCGUAUCAACAGGCUAUUUCCGGCACGACGCUUCUAAACAACGCAUGGUACGACGGCUCCGCGUAUCAAAAAUACGCCUUUGAGUACACGCCUGGUACAUCGAGCACGGGGCAAAUCGCCUGGUUUGUGGGGGAUCAACAGACAUUCAUGAUGGAUGGGAGGGCGGUGGGUCAGAAUGGUAAUGUGGGGGCGCGAUUGGUGAGCGAGGAACCCAUGAGUAUGGUGUUGAAUUUGGGGAUGAGUGGUGCGUGGAGUCAGAUUUUAAUGGCGGGUCUUAGGUUUCCGACGGUUAUGCAUGUGGAUUAUGUGAGGAUUUAUCAGAGGGCGGGACAAGUGAGUGUCACGUGUGAUCCGGUGGGGUAUGAGACGACGGAGUAUAUUAGGAGGCAUCCGGUUGCGUAUGGGAAUCCGAAUUUGACGUAUAUCGGUGGAGAUAUUUGGGAUGUGAAUAAUGAUAAUGAUGAUGAUGAUGAUGAUGAUGAUGAUGAUGGAAUGGGAGAGGGGAGAGGAGAUGGGGGAGAGGAGAGAUAUUGGAAAGAGGGGGGGGAGAAGUAUGGGGAUGGGGAAGAUGGGCGGAGAGAGGCUAGAGUUAGAGUUAGAGUUAGAUCUAAUCGUGAUGAGAUAGAUGGCUUGGUACUUGGUAUGGGAUGGUAUACUAUGCAAGAUCAAGAUCAAGCAAGAUACAAUACAUAUCGAAGAAACAAAUAUCUCCAAGAGACUUCGUCAAUCAUCACUAUGCCUACUGUUGAAGGUGGACCACAAACUCUCUACGAUAAGGUUCUUCAGGACCAUAUCGUAGAUGAGAGAAUGGAUGGUACAAUCUUACUUUAUAUCGACAGACAUUUGGUACAUGAAGUUACUUCACCGCAAGCUUUCGAGGGUUUGAAGAAUGCAGACAGAAAAGUUCGAAGACCAGAUUGUACUCUUGCGACCACUGAUCAUAACGUCCCAACCAGCUCCCGAAAAUCCCUCAAAAAUAUCGAAACUUUCGUCGAGGAAGAAGAUUCCAGACUUCAAUGUAUGACUCUCGAAGAUAACGUCAAGGACUUUGGUAUCACGUACUUUGGUCUUGGUGAUAAGCGUCAAGGUAUUGUGCAUAUCAUUGGUCCUGAGCAGGGUUUCACUCUUCCGGGUACCACUGUUGUUUGUGGUGACAGUCACACCUCUACACAUGGUGCUUUUGGAUCUUUGGCUUUCGGAAUUGGUACGAGUGAAGUCGAGCAUGUUUUGGCUACACAGACUUUGAUCACAAAACGAAGCAAGAACAUGAGAAUUCAGAUAGACGGCGAGCUUGCGCCAGGUGUCACAGCAAAGGACGUCGUCUUACACGCUAUCGGAAUCAUCGGUACGGCUGGUGGUACCGGCGCAGUCAUCGAGUUUUGUGGUUCGGUUAUUCGAAGUUUAAGUAUGGAAGGUAGAAUGUCGAUAUGUAAUAUGUCGAUCGAGGGUGGUGCGAGAGCUGGUAUGAUUGCACCAGAUGAGAUCACAUUCGAAUAUCUCAAGAAUAGACCACUUGCACCAAAGUAUGGUUCCGAGGAAUGGGACAAAGCUAUUAAACACUGGAAGAGUUUACAAUCCGACGAAAACGCCAAGUACGAUAUCGAUGUCUUUAUCGAUGCGAAGGAUGUUGCUCCAACCGUCACUUGGGGUACCAGCCCAGAAGAUGUCGUUCCAAUUACUGGUUCCGUACCAGAUCCAGAGUCCUAUACCGACAAAGGAAAGAAGGAGAACGCUAUCAAGAUGUUGGAAUAUAUGGGACUUACCGCCGGAACUCCAAUGGAAGAGAUUGUUUUGGACAAGGUCUUCAUUGGUUCUUGCACAAACGCAAGAAUUGAGGAUCUCCGAGCCGCAGCUGGUAUUGUCAAGGGUAAAAAGAUUGCUCCCAAUAUCAAGCGAGCAAUGGUUGUUCCAGGUUCCGGUCUUAUCAAGAGUAUGGCCGAAGAUGAAGGUCUUGAUAAGAUCUUCACUGAUGCUGGUUUCGAGUGGAGAGAAGCUGGUUGCAGUAUGUGCCUUGGCAUGAACCCCGAUAUUUUGGCACCAAAGGAGCGAUGCGCCAGUACCAGUAAUCGAAAUUUUGAGGGUCGUCAAGGAGCUGGAAGUCGCACUCAUUUGGUAUCGCCGGUUUCGGCGGCAGCUUCUGCUAUUGUUGGUACGCUCACAGAUGUGAGAAAGUUUGCCACAGAAGGCAAUUCGGCACCAAAGAAGGCAUUACCGACUAGCUACCAAGGCAAGGCACACAUUGACGAACGUGUUGAGACUGAUGACGAUGAGCGUGAGGUUAUUGGUGAUCAACCAGAAGAUAACUCUCCACACACCAACACAAUCGCUGCUCGCUCGAGUGCUGGUCUUCCAAAAUUCGAAAUUUACAAGGGAAUUGCAGCACCAUUAGAUAGAGCUAAUGCCGACACCGACGCAAUCAUUCCUAAACAAUUCUUGAAGACUAUCAAGCGAACUGGUCUUGGAUCUGCUCUCUUCUACGCCCUUCGAUUCAAUGAAGAUGGAUCUGAGAAACCCGAAUUCGUUCUUAACCAAGAACCAUACCGCAAAGCCAAGGUCCUCGUUGUUACUGGCCCUAACUUCGGAUGUGGAAGUUCCCGUGAACACGCUCCAUGGGCACUUCUUGACUUCGGAAUUAAGUGCAUCAUCGCCCCCUCCUUUGCCGAUAUCUUCUUCAACAACACUUUCAAGAACGGCAUGCUUCCAAUCGCCAUUACCAACCAAGCCGAUCUCGACGCCAUUGCAGCAGAAGCCUAUGCCGGUAAGGAAAUCGAAAUUGAUCUUCCAAACCAAGCCAUCAACGACGCAUCAGGAAAGAAAAUCUGCGGUUUCGAGGUCGAGGAAUUCAGAAAGCAUUGCUUGGUCAAUGGAUUUGAUGAUAUUGGAUUGACUCUUCAAAUGGAAGACAAGAUUUCCAGUUUCGAGAAGAAGAUGACCAAGAACACCCCAUGGUUGAAUGGAAGCGGAUACUUGAAGAGAGGCAAGAAUGGUAAAUUAGCCAUCAAACCUGCGCCAGUACCAAAAACAAAUCGUGGUGAAGAGAUCAAGGAACCUCUUGAUUGGUAA